ACACGAACAGUGGAUGAUUUCAUGAUGAAAAAAAUGGAUCACAGGAUAAACUUCAGUUUGCCAGCUAUGAAUUGUCAGUAUCUGCCAUGUUUGCAUUACAGAUGAAAUACAUGGGAAAAAUCAACCUUAAUAUUGAAAUCACAAGGUGCUGUUCUGAGUACCUACAAAAGGAAGACACAUGAGAUGUGUCCCUGUGCCUCGGAGCUCAUGUCUGGCUUGGGGGACAGACGUGCAAGCACCUAAGGAGCAUGAGUGCCGUCCAUACUGCUGCUGCAGGGACUGAACUGCCAAACCAGGAACCGAAUCAUGCGGCCUUACAAGCACAUGUGUGUUUAAUGUGGCCAUAGCAGGACCAGAUAUCUGAAAUUCGGACUGUUCCUGCUUGGGUGCCAUGCUGUCACGGGGCUGCUUGCCUGGUGCCCAGGACACAGACGAUGCGCAGUCCUCUUCCCGGGCUUGGAGCUGGGCGUUGAAGGAGGACAGUUCCCAGUGAGGAAAGACAGGGGCUGUGCUCCAGGGCUGUGUUCAUGUGCAGCCCCGGAAGCAGGAGAGGGCCUGGUGUUCAUCCAGUCAGGGGAAGUGGGACCCCGUGGGGCGUGGGAGCCGCCUUCCUGUCAUGCUGGAAGGUAUGCUCUGGGCCAAGGAGCGAAUGGGUUGGCUUUGUCUGAUGCUGGGUGGCGGCCCAGCCGCAAGUCCUGGUCCGGGUGCUGCGGCCCCUGCUCUUGACCUCCCUGGGGGGCACAGAUCGCUGCCUGACGUCCUGCCUGGGUUUCGUCCCCAUGUACCCCAUUGUGCCUGAAGGGGCUAUAAGCAGGUAAGAGGCCACCUGUGAGUCCCACCUUGGUCGCCAGCACAGGGCCACCAGCUUCCCAGGCCCUCCUCGCUGUACCGGGAGCUCAGGCUGCCCACAUCCCCCAUGGGCGGAGGCUGGGCCUUUCUUCCCACCAGGACUUAAGGACAGGCUGACUGAUUCCUGCAGGAGGAGGGGGUUUCAUGAAAAAAGCACAGGACAUGGUCUGUGGAGGAGCCGUGCACACAGCGAAGGGCACAGGUUUCGGAGUCAGACUGCGCUCUCCUUUCCUGUGCCCUGGGACCUGUCUUGUAAAAGGCUCUGAGAUGCACCUGCAGGGCUGCCUGAGGAUGGAAUGUACCGAGACAGGGAGCUCCGGCACAGUCAGCCUGGAGGGGCUCACAGCGCGUCUGUCACCUUCAUCACCCGGGUUCCCACCACUGUUCGCAAGAUGCUGGAGGUGAAACACAGAUGCCAGGAAGCCAUCUGAUCACCCUUGGUCCCCCGGCUGGUGGAGCACGGUGGGGAACCAGGGGUCCCGCCUCCCUUCUUCCAGUGGUGGUGGCUCUACAGGGAGAGCUGCAUGGUGACAAGGGACACAGAAAGUUGCCUCUGACGCUGGGAUCCUGAGCAGUCAUGUUUCGGGGGCGGGAGGAACCUGGGCCCAGGAAUCUGUCCGCAGCCCUUGUCAGCCGCUGGGAGGCGCGUCUGUGUCAGCUGCAGAUCUGGGACACGGCUGGCCAGGAGCGCUUCCGCACCAUCACCCAGAGCUACUACCGCAGCGCCAACGGGGCCAUCCUGGCAUACGACAUCACCAAGAGGAGCUCCUUCCUGUCAGUGCCUCACUGGAUCGAGGACGUGAGGAAGUACGCGGGCUCCAACAUCGUGCAGCUGCUCAUCGGGAACAAGUCGGACCUCAGGGAGCUGAGGGAGGUGCCGCUGGCCGAGGCGCAGAGCCUGGCAGAGCACCACGACAUCCUGUGCGCCAUCGAGACGUCGGCCAAGGACUCGAGCAACGUGGAGGAGGCCUUCGUGAGGGUGGCCACGGAGCUGGUCAUGCGGCACGGGGGCCCUCUGCUCAGCGAGAAGGGCACUGACCACAUCCAGCUGGACAGCAAGGACGUCGGAGAGAGCUGGGGCUGCGGGUGCUGACCGGGGUGCAGGGCAGGCAGGCGGGGCUGCCCCACCUCCUCCCGCCCUGUGGCCUCCUCGCCCAGCCCUCCAGAGCUGGCCUCCAGGGUGCCAGCCAGAUAAAGGCCUGGAAUUACCCCGCCUGUGGCCUGGAUGCUUGAUGGGAGCACUGCCCUCCAGGAAGGAAGAAGCAGGAUUCCUCCCGCGGGAGGCCCUGUUGGCACAGGGUAGGGUGUGGGGCCCUUCCUGCCAGCCAGCUGCUGUCCCCGCCACACGCGGCACGUCCCAGGACUGGCGCGAGCCCAGCGGUGUGGACCUUGGCCCAGGGGCUGGGAGUGGGCCUCCUGGGCUACACGCUGCCUGGUUAGGACCGUUUCACACGAGGCUGUAGCAGGGUGUUGCUUUCCAGGGAUGUGACCGGAGCUCCGGGUCCUCCCAGGGCAUUCCAGGGCCUCCUGUGCAGGAGCAACGGCCCAGCAGACUCAGUCCUGAGCUUCGUCCCGGGGUUUCCCUACCUCCCUCCUUCCUUCAAGGCCAGCUCCUGCCUCAGCCGGGCCUCCCUGUCCCAUUUCCAUGGAGCUUCUCCUUUUCACCGGAACAACGGUGGGUCACAGCCCACAGCGCUCGUCUGCUGGCUUGGGGCCCAAAGUUUUGCCACUCAGGUUGCAAAAGCAGUGAAUCCUUUAGCUCUGGCUCUCGGAAGCUGGGGGGUAGUGGGAAUGAGACAGGAGUGCGGACAUUUAAGGGAAAAGUAAACGCUCGCACCCCUGAGCCCAGCCUGUCCCACCUGACUUGCAGAGAUCCUUCGUGCCACGUUCAGAGUGCCAGCUCCCCCGCCGCUCCCAGACCAGCUUAGAGAGUUUCCUGCACAGAAAAGGCGAGGCCCUGGCAGGCCUGGGUCUGGGCCCACCCACUCUAAUGGUCUCUGCAUACGCUGGACACUGAGGUUAGACAGCAGGGGACCAGGGUCACUGGGGCCCUUGGAAGCAGCACCGUUCCCUGGGUGCAGCUCAGAGGAGCGCAGGGACUGGACUGGGGGAGCAGGUGGUCUUCCCAGGCCAAUCCCAGUCACUCCCAUCAGCCCAGUUCAGCCCUGCAGGCCCCCCGCCCCAGUGUGGGGCCCCAGGAAAUCAGCUGCUCUCAGAGCCAUGGGCGAGGCCACAUCAGGGAGACACAGCCCAGGGCCCCUGAGAGCCCAGAGGUGCCGCACAGCUGCAGUCGGGCUCCCUGCCUUCCAUCCCAGCACCUGGUCUGCGUCAAACCCUCCCAGGCAGGCCUGGACACAGAGCAGGAAGUCAGACCUUGCCAGGCAGCCCCAGGAGGCAGGUCAGGCAGGGCUGCUGGCCCUUCCAGCCGCGGAGGCUGAGCCUGGUCCUGGAGGGGAAGGACGCUGGCCUGGACGGGCCAGGAGCUGCUGAGCAGGGGUCAGCCCGCUGUCGGCCGAGUGGGCUGGGAAGUGGGAGCAAGAAGGCUGCCUGGCUUCCCUCCCCCGUCCCUGCUAAUGGGAUGGGGCCCAGCCCCUCCACCUGCACUGAGGGGUUCCCCAGAGAGGGGCCCCCUUCAGGCCAAGGGCAGAGGUCCUCCAGCCCCAUGACCUCUCUGCAGGGGGCUGAUGUUUGGGCAGAGCUGGGUGUUCAGUCCAGGCCCAGCUGGGAGAGAAGUCUCACGAAGACCACCUUGCACAGACCUGCUGCUCUGGGGGGUGGGGUGCAUGCAAGGAGCAGCGGCCGGGACUGUGCCCCAGUUCCAGCGAGCACAGGUACUGACCCCGGGCCCAGGGCUGCCUCACAGGGCUUAGGGAAGGAGGGAGGCCCCCAGCUCACCUCCUCCAGAAGGAGCCCUGCCGGGCUGCCGGCAGCAUCCGGCAGUCCGCAUCCAGGGUGCGCAGGUACAGGAAACACCGGUGACAGGGGCUCACCUGCCACCUUGGGCUGUGAGCCAUCCCCCUACUCCUGUGCCCGGAACCCUGCACAGGGGAGGGGGCCUCACGGUGGCCCUUCCUCACCCAGAACCAAGGAAGCAGCACUUCACUCUCUCCUUUCACAAUCCCAGGGCCCAGUGGGUCUCCUGCCACCCAUCCUCCGCAUGGAGCAGCCUCGCUCCAGGGCUGUAGCCUAGAACUCAGGGGUCAUUUCGGGCUCCCCACUUUCUCCCCCACCCUACAACCGUGCCCCCUGCCCCUCUGCCCAGAUGGGCCCCAUCCCCUCCCCUGGAUGCCUCCCUGACCUCUUUGGCCUGGGCUUCCACCAGCCCAGGCACCAUCCUGCUGCUGUGAGGGGGGCAGCUAUGAAAGGUCCCUCCCCCAUCCUGACACCUUCCAGUCGCCCCCGGGGCCCUCGGGAUGUCCAUCCUCACGCGGGUGUCCAAGGCCUCACACAGCUCCAUUCUUUCUUACCUGCACCGUCUUGCCCACAGGAGCAGCUUCUGUCCAGGCACACCCCUUCCUGCCCUGCCCCCCUUACCGACCCUGCCCUUGAAUACGUGCCAUUUAGAAUCCCACAGAUGACCAGCUGGUCCUUUGCUCAUCGUACCCCCUGGCAAGAAUGCAUUCCUUCCCUACCCACCCUAGGCCUGCGGCCUGAAGCCAUUUCCUACGGAGGCUUCCCGUCCUCCGUCUCAGAGCCAAAUGCUAGCGCUCAGGGCCUCCCUGGGCGCGCUGCUGGCUGCCUGCUCUGGGGUGCCCUGGCAGAUAGGGGCCUCACUACCUCUCUGGGCCUAAGUCCCCUGUCAGAUGGGCCCGGACGGAUGGACUUGGCCAAGGGACAACGGGAAGUGUGUAAGACAGCACGGCCCCGCCUCUUCCCUCUCCCAGGGCCUCUUCCUUUGUUUAUAAGUUACCCAAGAACAGGAGCAGGUGAGGUCAGGGGUCAGGGGCCAGGAGAGGAAGCCCGGCAGGAGGGCCAGGAAGUGUCCCAGCCAUCGGGCGGAGGAGGGCGGUCUGUGGCCUGGGCUGAAGGACCAGUGGAAGGCUGGUGUUUUAUACUCCCGGGAGGGGGACAGGCAAGGGACAGGGAUCCUGACUCCUGAGCCAGAGAGGUGGGCCCGGUCCAGAGGGCGGGUGGGUGUUGGGGGUGGAGCUCAAGGACACAGGCCCCAGCAGGCGUGAAGCUGGAGGAAAUUCCUAAUUCACAUUGAAUGCAGUUACUUCUCCCCGGAGGGCUGCCGAGGCUGGGGCCUCAGAGACCUCUGAGCCUGCACCUGGGCUGGGAUGGGGAGGGCCUCAGCCCAAGGAUGCCAUGGCAUUUGGGGAUUUUUCACAUUGCCUAUUUAUGAAUAUAUAAAUCUUUAUAGCGAAUCUAUUUUUUAAAACAUGGAAAAGUUGCCUUUAUGGAGACUUAGCAGAGCCAGAGUGUACGCAUUCCUAAACUAUUAAACGUUUCUGUAACGAG